AUGGAUGAAGCAGUCAUGAUUUUGUGGAGCUUGUGGGAAGCGAGAAAUAAUCUAUGCUGGAAUAAUAAGCAAAGUGAGCCCACUGCUACUUUGUACCGUGCGAAGAAGGAGCUGGAGGAAUGGAGAAAUUCCAAUUUGAGAGACGAGACGGCUACUGCUACAGUGAAUACUAUGACUACUAAAUGGGAAUUGCCUCCGCUUUCCACAAUCAAAUGUAAUACCGAUGCAUCUUAUGAUAUCCAUACAGGAGUUCGCGAGGCUCUUACUUGGUUAAAUGAGAGAUUCAGUACAACGAGGCUUAUUGUGGAAACUGAUAAUCUACUCGUGAAGCAAGCUCUGGAAGGAGAUUUGGUGAACUACUCUUAUUUUGAUGCUUUAGUUUUUUAUUGCAAAACUCUUCUCAAAGAGUUACCGUUUUUCUCUUUGUCGUCUGUUAAGAAAUCAACGAAUCAGGUUGCUCAUUGUCUUGCUAGAGCAUCUGCUUCUAUGUCUGGUUCGAUGGAGUGA